AUGUCGGGACGCAUCCGCCGCAAUCGGACGGGAUGUAAACCAUGCCGGCGUCGAGGCAAACGGUGCGAUGAGAACAAACCCAUGUGCAAAGCAUGCGAGCGACUAUCGCUCACUUGCCGCUAUUCCACCGAGUUUGUCUCAUACACCCCCAGACAUUCUUUGCCCUCAAACCAGCACCGACCGCCGUCAUCGCAGCAGUCGACCUGCUUCGGUAAGGAGAAUGGCGACAGUGGCAAGGCUUGUGUUCUGAGAGAUAACUACCAUGUUCCAAAAGUCAUCAAGACUUCGCCAAUGUCGGUGGCUCGCGGCCUGUCACUCUCUCAACCGGACAUGCUCUACUUUGGCCAUUUUGAGCGUCUAGUACGCGCCAGUCUACCUCCUGCUGUUCAAGCCAUGGAGUUCCACACGUGCAAUGACUCGUUUCUGCGAUUUGCUGUCCUUUGCCUGGCUGCAUCUCAUCUCUCAACACUUGACGCAUCGCUAACGAGUCGAUCGCCGACUGGCAAUGGUAGAGGGACAGUUACUAGCCCUGUUCCAAGUCCUCUACACCAACAUCAUGCUCGCCGGUACCAUGAUAUUGCCCAGAAAAAUGCAGUCGACGAGGAUUCACACGAUCCAUCUCUGGUCCUCAUCGGCAAAGUUCUCCUUGCUUACUACCAUCACGCGUCGACCGAUCACCUGAAAUUCCGUCUUGCAGUGUGGGAGACUAUCCGCUUCGUUCGCCGACGUCAGGUCCAGAUCAUGGCAUCUCCCACAGGUGACAUGGCUCUGCAGCUAUGGUACCGUCUAUGCAACUCGCACCGCCCUGCGAAACCGCCCGCUCUCUUAAUUGACGGCGAAGAGCCAAGCUUGUCGGGAUCAAGUCUGGCUUUUCCAGGUGCCGAUGAACAUUUACAUUGCCGAUGCAUCAUUGGAAUGUCAUCCGAUGAUCUCAUCUACGACAUUCUAUUCAAGACCAUGGAACUCAGAAGACGCAUUUUAUUGUUCCGUGGCGCUUCUGCUGUCCUAAAAGUUCCCGAGAGCUCACCAGAACUGGGCGUUCUGGUCUACCGGCUACUGAACAGAAUGAUGGAUAGGCCGGUGACACAGCUGGAAGAGCAGGAAGCCGCCUCCAGCUUUGUCCGAGGCGAGCACUUACUCGGGUUACUCGAGGUCCAAAUCCAACGACUGGGGGUGUGGAGGUCGAGGGUAUCAUCGUCUGCAUUUGCACCCAAACAAACUCCGCGAAAGUGCGAGCCUGUGUCGAUCCUCAAAUCACCACACUUGAGUCAGCACGGAUUUGUCAACCAUAGAGACAAGAUGAACUACUUGUACUACCUGCUCUGCAUUCUGAUCUUUGAAAGUACUGGCGCCAGUCAAAUCUCGAGCUCAGCACCAUGGCGAAGCGGUUCCGAGGCAUCAAAGGGGUGUGACAUCAUGAACGAGGCACUGUGCGUGAUCAAUACCAUUGAUUUUCAACAGUCAGCUCUGGUCGAUAUAUAUGCUUUCAGCCUUGCCGAAGUGCUGCUUCAACUUUGCUACACCUUCCCCUCCACCGAGGUCUUCAACCAUAUCCUCGACGUUGUCUGGCCUCGCAUGGAAGCGGGUGCGCGGGGCUAUGAGAAUUCCCAUAUGCCCACCCAUCUCGCCAAAAGAAUCAUCGCUCUCAUUGCCGACGAAUGGCAUAACUCCCGGAGAGUCCUCCUGGCAAUGCCAGCUGUCCCGGAAGAUACUCCGAAAUCGGUGCUUUUUGACUUGAAUCACCAGUUCGACGUCGUGGUGUGUGGUUGCGACACGACCGGGCGAGGGUCCUAUUUCAUCGACAAAAUCCCCCUUCCUUAA